GGACAGUCCUUCACAAAAUGUGGUUUUGUGAGCGAAUACUCGCCGCGAGCUAUCAUUAGGUCCCAAGUCUUUGACGCCAAACACAACAAAAUGGUUAACAUCUACUCAAUAAGUGAUGACAAGGAGUUGUAUUCGGCGUUAAAACAGUUCAUUCGGAUCCUAUACUUCAGAUACCUUGCGGUGAACCCUAAGGACAGGCGUCUUGUGAUCGUUGAGUCCAUCUUCUGUUGCACUCGUUUUCGCAAUCAAUUGCUUAAAGUCUUGUAUUUUCAUUACGACAUUCAGGCAUUACUUAUAGUUCCGCAGCAUUUGGUGUGUUUGGCGACAUUAGGUGUGUCCACAGCACUGGUUCUGGACGUGGGCUACAAAGAGGCCGUCGCUAUCCCCGUCAUCGAAGGCGUGACAGCUGUCGAUGGCUUACAGUUCGCUCCAUUGGGCGGCAAAUCAGUUCACUACCGAAUAAUGGAUGAACUCAUCCAAAGACGCGCUACCAUUCGUCACGCGAACCAAGAGACCGUUAUAUCGGAACCAUUGGAUGAAACACUUUUAGAAGACAUUAAAAUCAGGACUUGUUUUGUGGCGCCUUUCGAGAGAGGGGUCCGUCUCUCGCAACAAAGGGUCGACUUUGACGAGGGCUCAGCCAUCACUAGUCCGCCCAAUGAUGUCAAGUAUCCAAUUGAUGGCCAACGAGUGCUACACAUUCCCGGUUCGCUCCGGGAGUCUGUUUGUGAGGUGUUGUUUGAGAUGUAUGGCGACGAGCACACG